AUGGGAUCUGUGGCCAGUAAAAAUAAUGUGACACAGUUAAUUCUUACUGACCUUUUCCAGGGUCCAGAGGUGCAGAGAGUGUGCUUUGUGGUGUUUCUUCCUGUGUACCUGGCCACAGUGGUGGGCACUGGCCUCAUGGUGUUGACAGUCAGUGUCAGCAAGAGUCUGCAUUUCCCCAUGUACUUCUUCCUUAGCUACCUGUCCCUGAUGGAAAUCAGUUACUCCUCUACUGUUGUCCCUAAGUUCAUUACUGACUUACUCACUAUAAUUAAAACGCUCACCCAAAUUAAAAUCAUCUCCAUGGAGGGCUGUCUGGCUCAGAUAUUCUUCUUCCACUUCUUUGGUGUGACAGAGAUUUUCUUGCUCACAGUGAUGGUUUAUGACUGCUAUGUGGCCAUCUGCGAACCCCUACACUACACAAUCAUCAUGAGCCAGCCUGUGUGUCACCUUCUGGUGGCUGGUCCCUGGAUGGGGGGUGUAAUUGACUCCAUGGUUCAGAUCCUUGUCACUGUCCAGUUGCCCUUCGGUGGCCCCAAUGUAAUUGACCACUACUUCUAUGACCUCCAUCUCCUAUUCAAGGUUGCCUACACUGACACCUUUGUGGAGGGUGUUAUUGUGUUGACUAACAGUGGCUUAAUCUCUGUCAUAUCCAUCCUCAUGUUGGUAUCUUCUUAUGUCAUCAUCUUAGUCAACUUGAGGAGCCAUUCUGCAGAGGGGAGGUGCAAAGCUCUCUCCACCUGUGCCUCCCACAUCACGGUGUUCAUCUUGUUCUCUGGAUCUGCCAUCUUCCUCUACACGAGGCCCUCUUCCACCUUCACUAAGGAUAAACUGGUGGUCAUUUUCUGCGUGAUCAUCACCCCCAUGCUGAACCCCAUCUUCUACACAUUCAGAAAUACAGAGGUGAAAAACAAUACGAGAAGGUUGUGGGGAAAGAAGGGGAACGCAGGAGUAGAGCGAAAAUGA